ACUUCCAAGUAAAGGUGCACAAGAUCGGAGGGCUACACACCUUUGGCUUCCGGCAUCUCCCUUAUCUCCCCCCUUUCCUUGGAUAUCUCCUUGAGGGAGCCAAUCUGCCUUUCGAAAACUUCAAGGUGGACGCUUUAAAGAGCCGGCAGUUUGCGAGUAAGUGAAUACCUCGAUGCCAUCUGCCUGGAAGAAUUGUGGGGGGAGGAAAUUCUGCGGUGUCUAGCGGCUGGCUUGAUGAAAGGGAGAGUUCAGGCAAGACAUUCUCGCUCGUCUUUCUAUCCAUAGAGUAACUACCGGCUUUGGCAGGAAUUUAGGCGAUUGGUUUCAAGUCUCUCCCCUGCGAUACAUCCAGUGGGGGAUCCCCGCCCAGAUGUCUUGGAGACGGCAGCGUCGUCGUCCCGUCCCCCCGUCCCCCUCAACCGCCAGUGCACCCUGCUCUACUAUUGCGCCGACCCCUGGGAAUUGAGCUUGGCUAAGUAAACAGCACCGAGCUGCUAUCACACGGUCUGCCACAAAACAGCACUUCACUUCGCAUCUGGGCAAGAUCAGUCCUCUUCCUCCUCCUCCGGCUUGCCUUAGCCGCGGCGGAGCUGGUCCCUCUGCUCGAGCCAUUUCCCACUUGUCUUCUCUCUCCCCCUCUUUUUCACAACCCUCCCCAGGCUUGGGGCAGGGGGGAGACUUCGCUGGCUGGUGGCUGCAGCUGAUUAAAGGCAGCGUUUGGGAGCCAGGUCCUUCCUUGUUUUGCUUUGCUUUCUCCGGAGACGAGAAGGGGGUAGGAGGGGGGCUUUCCCCAGCCAUCUACUUCAACCUGCCAAUGUUGUGAUUUCGCAGCCACUGCUAGACGCAACACAUUUCUUUUUUCCCCCCCGAAAAAAAGUUGUUGGGAAACCCAGAUGAUGGGACUUUAUUAUUAUUAUGGUUAUUUGCAAGCCUUGCAGUUGCUCGCUUGGAGUUUCCCCUUGAUGACAUUCGCUUCCUUUACGGAUGAAACCUUAGAGAGAGCCGCCAAAUCCGAAGGAUAUUGCAGCCGGAUUCUGCGAGCCCAAGGCACUAGACGAGAAGGAUAUAAUGAAUUUAGCCUCCGCGUGGAAGGCGAUCCAGAAUUCUACAAGCCAGGAAACAGUUACAGGGUAACUCUUUCUGCUGCCACUCCAGCCUACUUUCGUGGAUUCACACUGAUUGCUUUGAAAGAGGGCAAAGAGGGAGACAAAGAAGAAGACCAUGCAGGAACCUUUCAGAUUAUUGAUGAAGAAGAAACACAAUUCAUGAGUAAUUGUCCUGUUGCUGUUACUGAAAGCACGCCAAGGAGAAGGACACGCAUUCAAGUUUUUUGGACAGCACCUCCUUUGGGCACAGGCUGUGUAAUUUUGAAGGCAAGCAUUGUGCAAAAGAGAAUUAUUUAUUUUCAAGAUGAAGGAUCUCUCACCAAGAGGCUAUGUGAACAAGACUCAACCUUGGAGGGUGUGACUGAUAAACCAAUCAUAGAUUGCUUUUCGUGCCACCUGUGGGAUCUGCUGGCAAUUAUAGGGCGAGCCAACCAUUGGUCUGCAAUCAUUGGUGGAUCUCAUUCAAAGAACUAUGUACUCUGGGAAUAUGGAGGUUAUGCAAGUGAAGGAGUUAAGCAGGUUGCUGAGCUGGGAUCUCCAGUAAAAAUGGAAGAAGAAAUUCGGCAACAGAGCGAUGAGGUUUUGACUGUCAUCAAAGCAAAAGCACAAUGGCCUGCCUGGCAACCGCUAAACGUGAGAGCUGCGCCCUCUGCUGAAUUUUCUGUGGACAGAACACGCCAUCUGAUGUCUUUCCUUACCAUGCUAGGGCCCAGUCCAGAUUGGAAUGUAGGACUGUCAGCUGAGGACUUGUGUACCAAAGAAUGUGGGUGGGUCCAGAAGAUCGUUCAAGAUCUGAUACCGUGGGAUGCCGGCACUGACAAUGGGGUUACCUAUGAGUCACCCAACAAACCAACAGUACCCCAAGAGAAGAUAAGACCUCUCACAAGCCUUGAUCAUCCCCAGAGUCCCUUUUAUGACCCUGAAGGAGGUUCCAUUAAAUCAGUAGCCAGAGUUGUCCUAGAAAGGAUUGCACGGAAGGGGGAACAGUGCAAUAUUGUUCCUGAUAACAUUGAUGACAUUGUUGCAGAUCUUGCAGCAGAAGCUCCAGAAGAUGAAGAUGACACUCCAGAAACCUGCAUCUAUUCAAACUGGUCCCCAUGGUCAGCCUGUAGCUCUUCCACUUGUGAAAAGGGAAAACGAAUGAGGCAAAGAAUGCUCAAAGCUCAGCUGGACCUCAGUGUGCCUUGUCCAGAAACGCAGGACUUUCAGCCAUGUAUGGGGCCAGGCUGUAGUGAUGAAGAUGGUUCCACGUGCAUGAUGUCUGAGUGGAUAACCUGGUCCCCUUGCAGUGUGUCCUGUGGCAUGGGAAUGCGAUCAAGAGAAAGAUAUGUGAAGCAGUUCCCUGAUGAUGGCUCCAUGUGUAAAGUGCCUACUGAAGAAACAGAGAAAUGUAUUGUGAAUGAGGAAUGCUCUCCUAGCAGUUGCCUGGUGACAGAAUGGGGGGAGUGGGAUGAAUGCAGUGCCAGCUGUGGUAUGGGAAUGAAGAAACGGCAUCGAAUGAUCAAGAUGACUCCAGCCGAUGGAUCCAUGUGCAAGGCAGAAAUCACGGAAGCAGAGAAAUGCAUGAUGCCUGAGUGCCAUACCAUUCCUUGUAUGCUGUCUCCUUGGUCUGAGUGGAGUGACUGCAGUGUAACAUGUGGGAAAGGGAUGAGGACACGACAGAGGAUACUGAAAUCUGCUGCUGAACUUGGAGACUGCAAUGAGGAGCUGGAACAAGUGGAGAAAUGCAUGCUUCCAGAGUGCCCUAUUGACUGUGAACUAACCGAGUGGUCCCAGUGGUCAGAAUGCAAUAAGUCUUGUGGAAAGGGUCAUAUGAUCAGGACAAGAAUGAUAGAAAUGGAACCUCAGUUUGGCGGGGCACCAUGCCCAGAAACAGUACAGCGCAAAAAAUGCCGGAUAAGGAAAUGCUUGAGAAAUCCCAACGUUGAGAAAAGGCGCUGGAAAGAGCCUCGGGAGAAAAGAAGAAGUGAGCAAACAAAAGAAGAUAUUGAUGGUGAGCAAUUUCCAGGUUGUAAGAUGAAACCAUGGACUGCUUGGUCGGAAUGUACCAAACUAUGUGGGGGUGGCAUUCAGGAGCGGUUCAUGACAGUAAAGAAGAGAUUCAAAAGCACUCAGAUCACCAGCUGCAAAGAUAAGAAGGAAUUAAGAGCCUGCAAUGUUCACCCUUGUUAGCAAAACAGGAGGCUUCUGAAAAAUGCACUCUGAGAUAAAUGUAAAAUCAACUUUGAUUUUUUAAAAAGGAUAUAAAUUGUGUAUACUAGUCUUCAUUUUUGCAGUGUGGUUUGCUUAUUAGUCUUGCUGGUGCAAGAGAUAUAUUUUAUAAAUAUUUCCUCACUAAAGAAUACUGAGAGUUGCUUGGAUGCUCCAGCUAGCCCUUAAUCCAUAAAACUAGUGAUGUCAUUUGUGAAAUCCUGUAACCUGGAAAUUAUAGACAUCUCUGUGGACAUACUAUGGCCACAGAAAUAUUCCCUGUAAAUACAUGGAAUGCAUGCAUACAUGACAUUGCAAACUUAACUAUCCAUUUGGAUCCUGUUUCAGAAUAUCCAAAGCAGUGCCUCUGUGAUUAUAAAACUGUGCCAAGGAAAUAUUUCAAUAAUGCUGGUUCAAUAAUACUACAGGUGCAUAUUUAUCUUUACCAUCUUGGUGUAAAAACUGUAUUUAUAAGCAGUUCUCUGACACAUUAUUUUUCUUUCCUGAAAAUGAUACGGCCCAAAUAGCAUAAAUAACAUUUUUGUUCUUCCUACAUUAAAAAGGGGAAGCACAUUUUAAUGAUUCACAUACGAAUAGCCCAAUGUUUGAGAACCUUUUUUUCUGGAGGCCAUAUGUAAAUUAGCCCACAUAUAUUUACCCUUGGACCCUAUGCUGGGUGGUCAAGAACAGGCAGGUGAACUUUCUCCAUGCAGCUUGAAUAAACAGAUCUCAGGAGCUUCAAAGGAAAACAUGGACUUCAGAAAGCUGAAUCAACAUAAAUAUACAAUUCAUUGAUUAAAUAACCACCUGUCUUCUCUAGACCUUUGGAAUACUGCAGGCCUACUGCAGAGCAGUGCUGAAGAGGGAUGGAAGGAUUGGGUCCCUCCUCUUCAUCUAAGAAGCUGCCUUUGUUUCUUUCAGAUACAAUACAGUAACAUUUUCACGUCAACCUUCCAUUGCAAACUUUGUUACCACUUUCAUUUGUUUCUCCUCAUUUGGCCUCCAUGCUUCUUAAUCAGUAUAUGCAAAAAUAGCUGUCUUUUGGAACCCUAAGGACUGGACCUAGAAUAAGUUGUGCCCUCAGCAAGGAGGCUGCUCAGACACUUACUUCAUUGAUCACAGCCAACCAACAGAUACCAGCUGUGAGAGAAAUCAAAAUAUUGAUCCCGUGAGCUUUUGUUUUAAAUGAUAUUCAAUUUUCUCUGGGUUUGUCACAUUGAACUCAAGAGGAUCCUCCAUAAGAGGAAAGCUAUUCCUUUAAAUUAGUCAUACAUUCUACCUUAUUUAUUACUUGCAACUAGCUUCUCAAAAUCUCACCAUCUUUCUUCUGAUAGGUGUCUCCAUCCCAGUUUUCAUACUCAAAACUCAGUUUGGCUUGGCAAGUGCCAGGUCACACUAUGACAAGGAAAAUAGGUCUGGAAUCAUUUCCAGUAUUAAUAAGUCCAAAAGCAAUUGAGGGCCAGGGGCCAGAACAAAGAUAUCAAGAGUCCUAUAUGGUGCUGUAAAAUAAUGAGCAGAAAUAUCAUAAAAGAAGCACACCUAGAAGUCCAUGUUUAGAGGGUAAGUUGAUUCUCUCCCAUGCACACAGCAUUUCUGAGUUUCUUAUAAUUAAAAUUAAAUGAUUGCACAUUAUUUUCCCAAUAUUUACGUAAUUAUUCAGUCAAAAUAUUCAUAACAUAUAUAUUCACUGGUAUAUACACAGUUGCAUAAAAGCGCAAAAAAGUGUUUCAUUCCUUUAUGCUGUUUUUGUCUUAAAUAUUAGUAAUUGUCUCAGGAAAAGGGUUGGCUCUACUAAACUAAGGCCUUUUGCAUAUGAGUUGUUUACAACGUAUACUGCCAUCAAAUACUACUUUUUGUUUCUUUGAAUUCUACAUUUCUUUUUACUACAUUUGGUUCAGGAAACAUUUCCCCUUCAUUUUUUCUCUAUUGUUUUCCUGAGCACUUUUACCACAUUUUUUUAAAAAAAUCAAUUUCUGAGCCAGCUCUCCUUGAGCAUGCGAUCAUUUUGAAAAUGUCUUUAUUUCCUCACCCCACCAGAUACUUGCCCAAAUCCAUGCCUCAACUUCCCCUUCAACAUUUUCUCCUCAUCCUUCACUUUUGAAAGGAUUUUUAAUUUUUUUUCUUUGUCGUAUCAAACUAGCAAUGUUGAAGCAGAAAUAAGAAGCAGGGGUAAUUAGAGUCGAUUCCCCACUGGCGGAAUCGGCCUAGGAUUGAACUGGGACCAUUAAAUUACAGUACCUAGUUGAUUCCAGAGUCACUCCUCAUGGCAGCCGAGGUCUCGUGUUGGAACUGUGAUCAGAGGGCAUGAUCACCUUGGUGCUUCUUAUGCUCCUUCUGUUCCUGAUUGGCUGUUGUUUUAUGGCAGGAACGUGAAUGUGCUUUUCUUUUCUUGUUUUUAUGUAACGGCUAUGUAGCCACAUUGUCACAAAUCUUCAUGGCUAGAAGCAGUGCAUAAACAUGCACUGUUUAGUUGCAUGGCUUUGUAUGCAAGAAGAAAAAAAUAAAUAGCGUGCUUUUCCCCGCCAUGAAUCUCCCAUUCUGCGCAUGGCCAAGACACUUAGCUGUGAUUGGCUGAAAGCACAAAUGAGAGAAUCAUGGUGGGUUAGGAUUCCCCACGAUACCAGGUUCAUCCUGUGUUUGCCCUAGAACAGCAGAAAAAGUUACACCUCCCUGGUGGUUUUAAAAAUAAAAUGGGAAGAAGGGGCAGAGCUGGAACAGACACGAGUUGGACACAGGAGCUGUGGGGAGUUCCAGGAAAACUGCAGGGGCUAUCCUAGGUCAAUUGCACAAGUGGAGAAUCAACCUAGAUCAGCUUUGUCAAUUUCACAUACAGCUUGUAAUGUUAAAAUUAAAGAACAGAUAGAUAGAAGCAGGGGUGAUUAGAUCAGCUUUGUCAAUUUAAUAUCGAACUAGCAAUGUAAUAUUCAGGCAAAGCUUCCAUUUUGUGUGGAUAAUUCUCAGUGGUAGAAAUGGAGGCUGAGACAUUUUUGAAUUGCUGCUUCAAUGCAUCUGUGCUGUAAUGCUAGAGCACCUGCACAAAAGGAAAAAAAGUGGGGGAGAGGGUUGGUCUACUGUUUCACAGAUGACACUAGGCUAGGAAUAAUGCAUUUUCAGCAGCAGUGUAUGGAAUAAACACAACUGAAGAGACAAAGGGAAAAAUCAACAAUGUGAAUAGAGGUGUGCAGAUGAUUUCGCUGAAAACAUUUGCAAGACACAAGAUUUGAUCACUGGGGAAAAUCUGUGGUAAACUGUACAAGUGGAAAAGGCCUAUGAAAGAAUAUUGUGAUUUCAUUUCAAUGUAGUUAACUAUUCAUCUUUCAUCGUUUUCCAUAUUUGACUGACAUACAUAAUUGCUCAAAGAAGUUGCCAGGGAAUUCUUUAAUGUCUAAUGAUACAAUAAUUGGUUGGUUGGUUGACUGGCAGACUUCUCCAACAAUUCUUAUAAGACAGCAUGAAAUAGUAUUGGCCUGUGAAGAAAAUUCAGAUGGUGUAUUGGCUUAUAUCAGAUAAGUAUUUAAACUUGUUACUUUUUCAUUUUAAAAAAGGGGCCCCUGAUCAAUUUCAAUAGGACUUUACUCAUGACAACCUUUUCCACUGAUGAAAAUGAAAUUAAAACUGUCACUAAAUUUGAGCCUUUAACUUACAAAUUAUGUUUUUCUGAUAACUGAAAUAAAUAUUUUUUCUGAUCAAGGAAAUAAAGCUAUAUGGAAUGCAUAAAAUUACUGCAGUGUUAUUGUAAACCUAAUAUAUUAUUUGCUAUCCAUCAGUUAAGAAUAAACCAAGCUUGUUUCCUUUUAUAAUACAUGUUGGUCACCUGUUCUCUAGAGCUGAAAGCACAGGGAUAAGCUCUGAGAAUUUUAUAAACCUCACUUUUCAUAUAUUAGCAUUGUUAUUUUCUUUUCUUACAUAAUCUAUAGAAUCUUCACAAGCAGCGAAACAAAUGUUUGGGGACUUACAUGUACAACAGGUUUUAAUAAAAGCUACUUGAUUUUUUAAAACAAACAAACCCUCUUCGUUUUUAGAUUUUCUUUGUUGUUGUUUUUGGAUCACAAUGGGAUUUCUGAGAAAGCUAUCAUGGAUAUAUUUCUUACCAAAGUCUUGUGUAGAUGUUUUGUAUGUAGUUGUCUGGCUAACAUAUUAUUACUUUGGAAUAAAGACAUCUUUAUUAUGAAAACAA